GAUACAAAUAAUUCAUUAAAGGUGACAAGAACCCGAUCACUAAGCGACCUCAGCGGCUACUAUCGUUGGAGCGACAAGUACAAGCCACAAUGGCACACCGUAUACCAGACGGUACCGUAUAGAUGGCGAAGGGAUUGGGACUUGUACGAUGACUACUGGUACGAUCAUUAUUCCUAUUUCUCCCCGUUAUAUUACACCUACUCUCCAACAAGGCGAUAUUAUUACAGUGACUAUUUACCCAAUCCAUACUACUGGAGCCCAUAUUCGUCCUACUGGACCCGUUACAAGGGUUACUGGUACGACUACGACUAUCCAUAUUAUUACAGACGUUAUUGGAAUUCUGCGUACUACAGAUAUCUCAACAGCACCUACUAUCCCUACAGAUCCUACUUGUUGGAUUCGCUUUCGACAUCUCUUGGCCGUGGGUUGAGCAUGUAUAAGGCAGGACUUAUACCGUACCGCACGCUUGACACCUACUGGCUAACACCAUCGUAUUGGGAUAGACGUUUUAAGGACUGGCGAGAAUUGUACUCUACUACGAAGGAUCUCUAUCUGCCAACGACAUUCGACAGAAAGACACGAUCCUAUUUCGCCACUUGGUCCACUUAG